AUGUCCCAGCAAGACGAACAGCCAGUCACAUCGGAUGUUGCCCCCGACCAUGACCCAGACUACCAACCAUUGGUACAAUUGACUGCAGUCGAAACCAAAACACACGAAGAGAAUGAGGAUGUCUUUUUCAAACUACGUGCCAAGCUCUUCAGAUUCGACAAGACGGCUUCGGAGUGGAAGGAAAGAGGGACGGGUGAACUGAAGCUACUACAAGAUAAUACCUCAAACAAAAUUAGAUUGGUGAUGCGCCGAGAUAAGACGCUCAAAGUCUGUGCAAACCAUUUCAUUGCCCCCGAUAUGGUCUUAGCUCCCAACGUGGGCUCCGAUCGAUCAUGGGUCUACAACACUACUGCUGACAUGAGUGACGAGGGUGUGUCAGCAGAAACACUAGCGAUCCGGUUCGGUAACUCGGAGAAUGCAAACGCAUUCAAGGCGAAGUUUGAGGAGGCGCAGAAGAUUAACGCGGGUCUGACAAAGGAGUCGUCGGCUACCACGAGUACCGACCCCGUUGGAGACGAGAGUACUUCGACUAAGAAGGAAGAGAGUGGAGCAGGCCAGACGGAAGCAGCCAAGAAAGAUGAGGACAAGAAGUCUGAAGCCACCGAGUCCAAACCUGAACCGGCCGUCGUCCAGUCCGAUGCUACUGCUGAUGCAGUCGCCGAUACUACCGCCACGGAAACUAAAAAGACCGAAGAAACCGACAAAGCGGAAUCGAAGGAUGAUGCCCAGAAAGAAUAG